CCCUGCAGGGCUGGCUGCACAAGCAGGGCUCGGAGGGCCUGAUGCUGUGGCGGCGCCGCUGGUUCGUGCUCGCUGAGUACUGCCUCUUCUACUACAAGGGCCCCCAGGAGGACAAGCUGCUGGGUUCGAUCCUGCUGCCGUCGUACAAGGUGUCACCGUGCUCGGCGGACGACAAGGUGUACCGGAAGUUCUCGUUCAAGGCGGAGCACGCCAACAUGCGGACGUACUACUUCGCGGCCGACUCGCGGGAGCUGAUGGUGCAGUGGAUGAAUGCGCUCAGUCUCGCCUCCAUCCUGCAGGACACCUCCAGGCCCAGCGUCUCGUCGGCCUCGUCGCAGGUGAACGCCAGCGCCAGCGCCGACGACAGUGACAGCGGCUUCCACGGCUACCGCGUGGGGGCGGCGCCGGGGGCAGGUGUGCGCUCCAAGUCGCCCUCCGCCGCGGCCGCCGCCACUGGGCAGAGACGCCUCGCCUCUGUGAGUGACCGGCUGCCGCGUGGCGGGUGUCGGCAGGCAGCGUACGAGUCGCGCGUGGCGCGGCCGCAGGAGCCGUACCGGCCGCCGCCGCCGCCCAUCGGCGCGCGCGCCAGCCACGUGGUGACGGAGCAGCAGCAGCAGCAGCAGCAGCGGCGCACGCCCGACGCCUACAGCCGCUCGCAGCCGCCGCCGCCGCAGCCCGCGCGGGCCCCCGCGACAGCGGCGCACCGCGACUACGAGGACGUGUACGACCCGCGAUACCGGCCCGCCGCGCACCCUGCCUACCUCAAGUUGGCUGACGGCGCGCAGCAGCAGCAGCAGCCGCCGGUAGCGGCCCCGGAGGGCUCAGAGGGUGCGGGCACGCUGCCGCAGGUGGCGCUGUACCUGCCGCACUCGCUGCCGCACGCCCACGCCCACGCGCACGCCCACGCGGGCGGCCGCCACCACCUGCCGCGGCCCAAGUCCAGCAUGGACGUGGCGCCCGCCGCCGCGCCCGCCCCCGACUACUGGUCCGAGGAGGCGUACGCCGACAAGAUGCGGCGCCAGCUGGCGGCGCAGCAGCGCUUCCUGCGCUCGGCCAGCGCGCGCCUGCCGGCCCGCGGCUCGGGGGCCGCCACCCAGCAGGAGGCGCUGGCGGCGGGGGCGGCGCCGCCCCCGGAGCAUCGCCACACGCUGCCCGCGGUCGCCAAGCCCGCCGCCGCCGCCUCCGUCGCGGCCCAGCACCACCCGACGACGCCCCAUCGUUCCCAGCAGCACUCCCGUUUGCUGAAUAGCUGGGAUUAUCUUAACCUGUAUUUCAAACCCGUAGUUAUCCUCAUCAAGUUCGAUGAUUAG